AUGGAUCAACAAGCAUCUGCCAGUGUAGAUAUCAACAAGAAGCAGAGCAAAUCGUUCACAGCACCAACACCUCAGAACACGCCCAUUAACCCUGCACCCAUCACAUCCGAAUAUCGUCCAAGCAUAUCUAGUAUCUCAGAAGAAAAUAAUCAAGGAGCUUUGGCCACCAUGCUCCAAGGUAGACUCGGCUCUCUUGCAAGUAAUCCACUCCCUGCCAGUGUUCAACGUCGUAUCCAUGGUCUUCAGUAUCUGCAAUCACAGCAUGCCGAGCUAGAGGGCAAGUUUCAGGAAGAAAUCUUGGCAUUGGAGAAAAAGUAUUUGGCAUUGUACACCCCGCUUUACACCAAGCGCGCUCAAGUCAUUGCUGGUGCUUAUGAACCUACCGAGGAAGAAGUUGAAGCUGGCAAGAAAGUUGACGAGGAACAAGAUGAAGACAAUGAGCAACAAAAGCAAAAGCAACCUGCAGCAUCUUCCAGUGACAACAAAGAGGACAAAGACGAUGAUGAACAUGUGGAUGGUAUCCCCGAGUUUUGGUUGACUGCAUUGAAGAAUCACCCACAAAUUUCGGAGAGCAUCACUGAUCAAGAUGAGCAAGCACUUAAGCAUUUGGUGGAUGUUCGGCUAUCGUACAUGGAUAAGCCCGGUUUCAAGCUUGAGUUUGAGUUUGCCGACAACGAUUACUUUACCGACAAGGUGUUGACCAAGACUUACUAUUACCAAGAUCACGCUUAUGGUGGCGACUUUGUCUAUGAUCAUGCAGAAGGUUGCAACAUUCACUGGAAGGAGAAUAAGGAUCUCACUGUCAAGGUUGAAACCAAAAAGCAACGCCAUAAGGGUACCAACAAGACACGUGUUGUCAAGCGCACAGUCCCUGCCGAUACGUUCUUCAGCUUCUUUAGCCCGCCAAGCUUCCCUGGUGAUGAUGAGGAAUUGGAUGAGGAAGAGGCUGAAGGCCUGGAUGCCAAGCUCGAGGUGGAUUAUGAGACUGGCGAGGAAUUCAAGGACAAGAUCAUCCCUCAUGCUGUGGAUUACUUCACCGGCAAAGCUUUAGAAUAUGAAGGAUUUGAGUCUGAGGAUGAAGAAGACUUCUUUGAAGAGGAGGAGGAUGACGAUGACGACGAUCUCGAUGACGAUGAUGAUGACGAUGACGAUGACGACACGCCUGCAAAGAAUGAGAACGCACCCGAGUGCAAACAAUCGUAA